AUGCAAAUGAAACGUUUCGCUUUGAAAAAGAGACUUCUCCAAUACAGCGCUGCUGUAACUGGUUUGCUGGUGACUUUCUGUAGCGGGCUACACUUUGGAUGGACUUCGCCGUAUUUGCCCGUACUUCUCGGUGAAGAUUCCCCAAUUCCGAUAACCGCGGAGGAAUCAUCUUGGGUGGGUAAUAUGUACCUUUUGGGCGGUGUGAGUGGUAGCCUUUUGCUGAGCGUUAUCGGGCGCCUAAUUGGAAGGAAGACGCUUCUGUUGUGGUCAAGCGUGCCGUUUUGUGUAUCGUGGCUGGUAAUCGCGUUUGCCACUACGUUACUAGAGCUAUUAACCGGUCGAUAUAUAGCAGGCUUCUGCGAAGGGGUGGCGUUUCCGAUCCUUGUGAUUUACCUCAGUGAAAUAUCCGAUGAUGAAAUACGGGGGAUGUUGUGCUCUGCAAUUACGGUCUCCCUUUAUUUGGGUGUUAUGGUGAUUAAUGUGAUUGGAACGUAUAUGACUAUCAAAAUGGUGUCGCUGGUGUGCCUGGCAAUACCUAUACUCCUCUUCGUCCUUUUUUUUUGGAUGCCCGAGUCGCCCAACUAUCUACUGAUGAAAGGGAUUGUGCUGGCAUAUUUGCCUACAUAG